AAUUUAACAACUAUCCAAAUAUGGUAGGUAAUGCUUUCUUAGAAGUGAUUUCUCAAGCUUGGCAUAUGAUUGAAGUAUACUUUUUUCUGAGUGGUUUUUUAACAUUCUACCUGCGACGAAGGGAUAAAAAAAGACCUGCAUUGUACUACUUAACGUUUUUAAUCCAGCGAUAUAUCAGAAUGACUAUUCCUUUGCUCUGCUUAUUGGCUUUUUUUAUACUUCUGCCUCUUUGUGGCGAAGGACCACACUGGGAUCUCGUAUAUAAAGAAGCGGAAAACGUUGAGAAACACUGGUGGAGAUAUAUCCUUCAAAUUCAGAAUUUUUACACCAUUAACCUAACUUUUUCUUCACACACAUGGUUUUUGAAUGUGUUAAUGCAAUUAACUGUAAUUACAGUUCCUUUGUUUUACAUUCGUGAUAGAUGGCCAAGAAUUGUAACUGCAUUAUUAUGCAUUUUGACAUUGGCAGGAAUCGUAUCACAUGCUUCUCAGUUACUAAUUACGAAAUGUGUCUUCAUCCUUGGUGUAUCAAUAAAUUUUGAAAAUUUUGGAAAGUUCCUGGAGAAUAUCUACAGCAAACCUUACUUUUCACACUUAAGUUCUUACUGCUUGGGCUUAUUAAUUGGACACGUUUUAUUGGAAAAGAAACAGCUGAAAUUCGGAAAGAGGAUUGUUGUUUCAUGUUGGAUUACGACAAUUUGUUUCAUGGGAUUGGCUUUAUUCGGUUUGCACAAUUACAGACUUGAUCCUUCUCCAAACGUUUCAAUAAUUCUGGCACAUCAAAUUUUGUCUCCAUUUGCAUGGACAGCCAUAACAGCUUGGAUAUGUAUUGCGUGCAUUUCGGGAUACGGAGGUUUUUUAAAUAAAUUCCUGUCCUCCGAGUUCUUCGUCGUAAUGGAUCGACUGACAGUGUGGAUUUACAUUCUGCAUCCUCUUUCUAUUCUUUAUAUUUAUGGAGAAAAAAGAAGCCAUCAAGUAUUUAGAGAAAUAUAUUUGUGGAUGUUAUACAUAAUGGUGAUGUUUAUUUCCAUUAUUGUAUCUGUAUUCUGUUACACGUUUCUGCAAAUUCCAAUAUCAAAUACUGUGAUUAAAAUGUUUUCACCAGAAAAUUCAAAGAAAAAUGCUUAUUUGGGUAAUAAUAAUCCAACAGAAGAAGCAUUAGAAAAAAAAAUUUCCUAAUUUCCAAUACAAAUAAUUGUUUAGAAAUCGGCAGGGGUGUUCCAAACUGUUUUGGAGUCUGAGUCGAACCUCGUUCAGGGCACGUUUCUUUUAACAUUAAUUAUAUGAAAUAUAUAAGUAAA